AUGAACUACAAGGAGGACAUGAAGACCCUGAACAACACGGCAGUUUUAGACAACAUGUUCUUCUCAACUAACAGCUCUCGAGCCUGGAUAGGGCUGCACGAUGGCCAGGUCCUGGGCAGCUGGGGCUGGUCACUGUCAGACACAAGUUUCUACAAACCUGGGGAGACGGAGUUCAGACAAUGGAAGACUGGACAACCACAGUAUGACAACCCCUGUGCAACCAUGUUUGGUACUGGACUAUGGGACAACUUCUACAGUUGUAACAAAGCCAUGUAUGCAAUCUGCGUAAAUGUCAAAGGGUCAGAUGUGACUUUUGUCACAAUCACCAAAGCCGUGACAUGGACCGAGGCACAGAGCUACUGCAGAGAACACUACACCGACCUGGCCAGUGUGAGAAACCUGACAGAGAACAGGAAGGUAUAUGAUACGACAUUUACACAAUAUACUGAAAACAUUGGAUCGGUAGCCUGGAUCGGCCUUUUCCGAGACUCGUGGAAGUGGUCCGAUGGGAGCAGCUCCUCAUUCAGGUUCUGGAAAAAGGGGCAACCUGAUAACAAAUACGGGAACGAGACUUGUGUGGCUGCAGACUUCAGCAACUCUGGAAACUGGGAGGACUGGCCCUGUGACAUGGAGAGAGCGUUCAUUUGCUAUGGCCCACCGACGUCUGUUUCAAAGCGAGUGAUGAAAGUGCGGUUUGAGAACAAGAACUCUCUGGAUGUGAAUGACCCUGUUGUGAUGGAGGCCAUGUUGAAGCAGCUCAAACAGAAGCUGAGGGACCAGGGGCUGAACGACCACAUCAAACUUAGCUGGAGGAAGCAGGCCAAUGGAAAAGUCUUCCACACGGAAGACAAGAAGACAAAAGACAAGGAGGAAGAGGGAUAA